GCCUUCUUCACAGGUGGCUCCUACAUGCUCCUGGACCCCAAGAAUGCAAAACCAAAGCAGAAAUCUGCCCCUUUGAGCCCCCUGAUCCAGUCCUCUGGCUGUCUGAGCAUGUCCUUCCACUACACCCUCCGUGGUCAGUCACUUGGCACAGCCCUAAUCAUCUACUCGUCCAUCUCUCGCAGCACCCAGAAACACACUCCCUUCUCAGGACAGUUCACACCUAGCUGGCAGCCUGUUUCUGUCAACUAUACAGGCCAGGGACAGAUCCAAUUCACCGUGCUGGGUAUGUUUGGAAAGACCCUGGAGCCAGCUGUGGUGGUGGAUGCAGUCAGCAAUGCUCCCUGUGGGAAGAGCUAUCCUCAGUGUGACUUUGAAGAUGACACUAAUCCCUAUUGUGAGUGGGCCCAGACAUCAGAGGAUGGUGGACACUGGACCCAGGGAAGUCAGAAUAGGUCUAUCCAAGAUUCAGGCCCAGUCAGAAGUACCCUUAAUGGAGGCAUCUCACUUCAUCGAGUCCAAGGCUUCAAAAUCCACUAUCUCAUUUUCAGUCAAGACACUUACUGGUGCAGCCAGCAAAGGAAUCUGAGUUGCUGCUUUGGUUCUUUUGUGAUCCUGCCUUCCCUUACUGAAAAGUUCUCCCAGGCAGGUCAGUCUUUCAGACUGGUGAGCCGGCUCUUCUGUGCCCCGGGAGCAAUCUGUGUGGAGUUUACUUACCACAUGUAUGGACUUGGAGAGAACACUGAGCUUAGGCUCCUGCUGGGGACUCCUGCGGGCAGUUCCCCGACUUCUCUCUGGCACCGCAUUGGGUCUCAGAGCCCUGACUGGCUGAACACCUCUGUCAACAUCCCUGCCAGACAUCAGCGGCCCAUGCAGGUGAGCAGCAGAGACAGCAGGGGAACCAGCACCACCGUUGUUGUUGCUGUGGGUUUCGUCUUGAUCAGUGAUGGAAUCUGUCGAGAUGCUGGCUUGAGUAAAUGUGAUUUUGAUGCCUUGACUUUCCGUGGCUGGAUCCAGAACCCCUUACCUAUUUCUCCCACUAUCCCUUCUGAAACCCCUGUCUCCACAGAAAAACCUAUGUUUCCCACGGAACAACCCACUGUCCCCCCUGAAGAGCCCACCAUCCCCACUGAAAAACCCACAGUCCUCACAGAAAAGUCCAUCAUCCCCACAGAGAAACCCACAGUCCCCACAGAGAAACCCACCAUCCCCACAGGAAAACCCACCAUUCUCACAGAAAAAAACACCAUCCUCACAGAAAAAAACACUCUCUCCACAGAGAAAAACACUGUCCCCACAGAAAAACCCACCAUUCCCACAGAAAAAAACACCAUUCUCACAGAAAAAAAAAACCACUGUCCCUACAAAAAACCCCACAGUUCCCAUUAAAGGACCACCAUCCUUACAGAGAAACCCACAGACCCCACAGAAAAAACCACUGUCCUCACAGAAAAAAGCACAGUUCCUACUGAAAGGACCACUGUGCCCACAGAGAAACCCACCGGCAAAACUCCUACUCCCACCUGGCCCAGCUCGACACUUGUGCCCACUAGGCCAACAAUGAUGCCUCCUAGAGCUCCAAGCACCUCCAUGACCACUGGGAUCCUGACCACUACAAUGAACUGCCCCCAAAAUGCCCAGUACGAGUCCUGUGCCUGUCCGGCUUCCUGCGAGAACCCCAAGCCCAGCUGUGAGCCCAGCUGCGCAGCAGGCUGUGUCUGUGAUCCCGGCUUUAUGUUUAAUGACUCCCGCUGCAUCAGUGCAUCUUCCUGCAGUUGCUUCUACAGCAGCAACUACUAUAAGCAUGUGUCAUAGUGGCACAGUCCCACCUGCACAGAAUGUUACCGCUGCUGGCCCAGCAGUUGGGUGGAGUGUGAUAUGUCUCAGUGUGGAAAUACAGUGUGCCAGCUGAAGAACAGCCAGUAUGGAUGCCACUCCUAUGGCACUGCCACCUGCUUUGUCUUUGGAGACCCCCAUUAUCUCACCUUCGAUGGGAGGCACUUCAGCUUCAUGGGAAAAUGCACUUAUAUCUUGGCCCAAUCCUGUGGCAGUUCGACAGAGCUAUUCUUCAGGGUCGCAGUGAAGAAUGAGGUGAGAGGACAGGAGGGCGUGUCCUGUGUGAGCAAAGUCUUCGUGACCCUGCCCCAGACCACUGUCACCCUGCUCAAGGACAGACACAGGCUGGUUAAGGGUCAACAAGUCACCCUCCCAGCCAUGCCUUCUAAAGGUGUCCUCCUGGCUGCAAGUGGGUGAUUUGUGGAACUGCAAAUGACAUUUGGUUUGCGGGUGAGACAGGAUGGCGACCAGCAGCUGUUUCUGAGCAUGUCCAGCACUAAUUUAAUUCUCACUCCCUGGGUGGGAAGCACAUCGCUCAACUGGCAGGCCUCCCUUUGGAUGAAGAGAGAGGAGGAAAUGGUUUCAGGGCAGUGUGAUAACAGCAGGAUAUACACACAGUGCUUUGAGAAUGUGGUAGGAGUUGUUAAUGGGCCUUCACCUACUCCAGGAAACUGUGGUUUCUGUGGCAGUUAUGAUGGCGACCUCAGCAACGACAACCUGAAGCUGGACGGCAGCCCUGCCGAAGAUGUUCUAGAGCUGGGCAGCAGCUGGCAGACGGCAGAGGAUGAGGACAAGGAGUGAUGGAUCUCUUCCACGUGCCAAAAUAACCAGGCAAAUCCCCCAUCCGGCGACCCAGCCUUACAGAGCCUUCUGUCAGAGCCAGAGUUCUGUGGACGGCUUGUGGACCCCCACGGAGCCUUUGAGGCAUGCCUGCCUCACCUCAUGGGCCCUACCUUCUUCAAGAUCUGCAUAACCGACAUGUGUAACUUUCAGGGGCUGCAGUCAGUGCUGUGUGCCCAUAUGGCGGCCUUGACUGAGACCUGCCAGGAUGCUGGCUACAUAGUGAAGUCCUGGAGGGGACCCCAGUUCUGCCCUCUGGCCUGCCCAGCCAACAGCAAGUAUGCCGUGUGUGCCAAGCCGUGCCCCAGCACCCGCCAUUCUGGGUUCUCUGGUAUGUCCUGCCCGGAGCGAUGCGUGGAGGGCUGUGAGUGCAACCCAGGCUUCGUCCUCAGUGGCCUUGAGUGUGUCCCCCCUUCCCAGUGUGGGUGCUUCGAAUACACAGUGGGCUACUUGAAGACAGGGCAGCAGUGGUUCAGGCCAGGCUGCCAACAGCUCUGUAUCUGUGAGUACAGCAACAGGACUUGGUGUGUGCUCUGGAGGUGCCGGGUCCAGGAGGCCUGUGGUCAGCAGGAUGGCACAUACGGCUGCCAUUCCCGAGGGUCUGCCACCUGUAGUGUCCCAGGAGACCCCCACUACCUGACAUUCAGUGGCGUCCUGCACCACUUCACAGGCACCUGUAUUUACACCCUGACCUGACUUUGCAGGUUGGACUCCCUAGAGAACAGCUUCAUUGUGAGCGCCACCAAUGAGUUCUUCCGAGGCGGCAACUUGGAGGCUGCCUGCGUCAAAGCCGUCCAUGUGCAGGUCUCCAACCUCAGAAGCUCGCUGAUCAAAGGCCACAAGGUCAUGCUGAACGGUCACCAGGUGACCUUGCCUGUGUGGCUUGCACAAGGCCAGGUGAGCAUGAGGCCUAGUGGCAACUUCGUCCUGCUUCACACGAGUUUUGGGCUUCAAGUUCGCUAUGACAGCCACCACCUAGUUGAAGUGACAGUGCUGUCCUAUGCUGGCUGGCUCUGCGGGCUGUGCGGGAACUACAAUAACAACGCCUUCGACAACAAUGUGCACCCGGAUAAAAGGCCUGCGCCCAGCUCCACCCAACUGGGGGCCUCCUGGAAGUUAGCAGAGUCCUCUGAGCCUGGCUGCUUCAGUGAGGCUGGCAAGUCCUUCAGAUGCCUGGGGAGCCGAGUGCCAGUGGCAGACACCUGGAAGAGCUGUGAUAUCUUAAUGAACCCUGUGGGACCCUUCUCCCAGUGCCACAGGGAGGUGGCCCCGCACUCCAGCUUCACCAGCUGUGUGUAUGGCCAGUGUGGCUCCAAGGGGAACGCCCUGACCCUGUGCCACUCCCUGCAGGCCUACGUGGCCCAAUGCGCCCUCGCCAGCUGGGCCCCUUCCUGGCGUAAUAGCACCUUCUGCCCUCUGAAGUGCCCAUCCGGCAGCAGCUACAGCCCCUGUGCCAACCCCUGCCCUGCCACCUGCUGCACUCUGGACAGCCCAACAGACUGCCCUGCAGCGCUGCAUUGUGUCGAGGACUGCAAGUGCCAGAAAAGCCAUGUCUUGAGUGGAAUGUCCUGUGUGUCCCUCAGCCAGUGUGGCUGAACUGACCAGGGGGGCUUGUACCACGUGGUUAGGGAGAGCUGGUACACAGAUACCAUCUGCUCCAGGCUGUGCACCUGCUCCACAAAUAACAUCUCCUGCAUCCAGACAGCCUGCAAGCUUGGCUACAUGUGCUGGCCCCUGGCUGGGCUGAUUCGCUGCCGAGGCACAGGGAUGGGCAUGUGCCGCAUCUCAAAGGGCACCCACUACGUGAGCUUUGAUGGCAGUUACCAUGCCAUCAGGGGCUCCUGCACAUAUGUCCUGGUGAAGGUGUGCCACUCCACCUCAGACUUGCCUUUCUUCACAAUCAGUGGCAAGAAAAGGAAGCCCCAAAGCAAAAGUUCCACACCCUACGUCCAACAGCUCAACAUUGACAUCUCUUGUUCUUGGGUCACCCUGCAAAGGAGCCACCACGUGCUGAUCAAUGGCACACAGGUCACCCUUCCCUCAAAGAACCAGAUCCAGGGGGUCAGAAUCGCUGCCAGUGGUGUCUACACUGUGCUCAGCAUUCUCACUGGAGUGGAGCUCAAGUCUGAUGGCCAUGGUUGCUUAGAGAUUGAAAUUCCUAAAGCCUCUUAUGAAAAGGUCUGCGGCAUUUGUGGGAACUUCAAUGGGGAGGAAGAGGAUGAAAUGAAUCCCAAUGACGAGCUACCCCAGGAUGAUGCCAAAUUUGUGGACAGUUGGUGAGACGAGACAUCUGGCCCAAACUAUCAACAAGACGACAGGAAGAUCCAAGCAGUACAGCCAAUGAGGCCAAAUAGGAGCUGCAGGCCAGCUGACUUAGCAAGAGCCCAGGAGCACUGCCAGGCAGCUUUGCAGGCUCUGGCCUGAGCCAAGUGUGCCACCCACCUGGUCCUUGAGUCCUUCCUGCUCAACUGUACCCACAGCCUCUGUCAGUUUGGAGGCCUCGACUGGGUGCUCUGUGAGACUCUGCAAGCCUUAGGGGCUGCCUGCCAGGCCCAGCAGCUCAGCCCCCCAAUCUGGAGAAACAGUAGCUUCUGCCCUCUGGAAUGCCCUGCUCACAGCAGCUACAUGACCUGUGUCUCCUCCUGCUCACCUUCCUGUAGGGACCAGGAAGGCCAGUGCAAGGACACCAGAGGCCCGUCUACCUGCAAGGAGGGCUGCACCUGUCAGCCUGGCUACUUGCUCAGUGAGAAGCAGUGUGUGCACAGGAGUCAGUGUGGCUGCAAGGACGCCUGGGGCAGCUCCUUCCCCGCGGGUAAGACCUGGCUUUCCAGUGGCUGCAACAAGAGGUGUGUCUGCAAGGAUGGAGUCAUUUGGUGCCAGUCCUUCAUCUGCCCCUCUGGCUCCCGCUGCCAGACCAACUCCCCCGGCAGUGGCAACUGCAUACCCACCAAGUCAGAACAAUGCUCAAUUUAUGGGGACCCCCAUUACCAUACAUUUGAUGGCCUCAGCUACUGCUUCCAGGGCCAUAUGACCUACACUCUGGUAAAGGCUGUGGACAUGCUCCCUGAUGGGGUGGAGCCCCUGGUCAUGCAGGGACCCAACAAGGUGUAUUUUCCCGUGAAGCCAGUCUUCCUGCAAGAAAUCAUCGUGAAGGUCUACGGCUAUACAGUCCAGCUGCAGAUUGACCUGGAUCUUGUGGUCAACCACCAAAAGGUGACCAUCCCCUGUAAGCCCAGCAAGCAACUGACGGUUAUCAUGCAUAGCCAUUGCCUGUAUCUGAUCACCGACUUUGAGCUGGUUGUCAGUUUCAAUGGAAGGGACAAUGCAGUGAUCCGCAUGCCCAGCACGUAUGGGAGGCUGGUAUGCAGGCUGUGUGGGAACUAUGAUGGGAACCAGAGCAAUGAGUACGUGCUGCCCGACAGCACCCUCACCAAGAACAUCAACGAAUUUGGUAACAGUUGGGAGGCAAAGAAGAUCACUACAGGCCUCGCCGGCAUCUCAAGAGCCAUAGAAGAGGAGGAAGGGGAAAAGGAGGAGGAGCCAGGCUUCCGUGUGUGGGAAUGCAGCCCGGAGCAGCUGGAGCUCAUGAACAGCACCCAGCCAUGUAGGGUGCUGGUGGACCCCCAGGGCCCCUUCGCUGCCUGUCAUCUGACUGUGGACCCGGAGCCCUUCCAGGAUCACUGCGUGUCUGACCAGUGUGCUGCCUGGAGACCCCAGGAGUGGGAGCAGUUGCGCUGCCAGGUCCUCAGUGGCUAUGUCAUCAUCUGCCAGGAGGCAGGCGCCACCCUGGCCGGCUGGAACCACACCCACUGUGCCUUGGCGUUUCCGGCCAAUACCAUCUAUCAGAGCUGCAUGAUGCCCAGCCCAGCCUCCUGUGCCAGCCUGGCAGCCCCCAGGGACUGUGAGGGCCCCUGUGUGGAAGGCUGUGCCAGCCUCCCAGGCUAUAUGUACAGUGGUGCCCAGAGCCUUCCCGUGGCCCACUGUGGCUGCACCUACAAUGGCAUCUACUACCAGCAGGGUGACAGCUUUGUGACUGAAAGCUGCUCCCAGUGCUGCACCUGUGCCAGCUUGGGCAUCCUGCUGUGUGAGCUGCUCAGCUGUGGUGCUGGGAAGGUUUGUGCACUGGGGAACCUCACUUGCGACUGCUUCUGGGAAAGCCCAUGUCUAUGGAACCCAUGUCAGAAUGAUGGAUGGUGCCUGGAGCAGGGAGCUCACUUCACCUAUGAAUGUGAACUUGGUUAUGGGGGAGAUGUGUGCACGGAGCCUUGGGAUGUGCCACCCUGUAGAAAGCCAGAAACAUCCAGCUCUGUGGCCAUCCUGUUGGGAAUGCUGGUGCCCAUGGUGAUCACAGUGCUGGCAGUGGCCAGAUAAUGCAUUUCCAGAAACAGGAGGCAGUGGGUUCUGGGAAAGGGGAUAAGGAGGGGCCCAUGCGGUGAGAAACCAGGGGGAAUGGCCCUGACUACCUCUGUUCCCCGGUGCUCCCUGGGGAGAGAAGGCAGAGCCAGAACAGUCAGGCUGGUUGACAAGGGGGAGAGCCGACCCCACCUCCCAGAACCUUGGUGACUGGCCUUUGAGUCUGCCUUGGAUACAGGUUUUCUCAUUAUCUACUCAGAUUUUGUUGCAGAGCUUGCCUCCGAAGUCACUUAGUUUUGAGUUGUCCUCAAAAAAAGAGAGACAAAAGUUAUUUAUAUUUGAAAUGUGGAUUUCCACAUGAUUUUGGUGGAGGAAGGGUCUUGAAGGUGGGUCAUGGGGGGAGAAAUAGGAGGGAGACAGGUGUGCAGGGGCCUAGGGCCGGGCACGCCACAUGCAUCCAGAGGGGAACCAGGGAGUGAAGGACCUGUGUCCCCUACCUUAGACAAGGCCAUGUAGGGGUGAAGCGUUGAGCCCUCUGGCCUCUGGGAUAUAAAGUCUGCUCCUUUCCUGUCUUCACCGGGGAACCCUGGUUCUUAGAGGACUUGGCCUUGAGUUCCCCACUAGUGAAAGGUGAUCCUGAGGUUUUAGAUUUCUCAUGAUGAGGUGGAUCACUGAGUUCAGACUAAGAAUGCAGAAUGUAGCUUUUCCAAAGAGUGACUGGGCCUGUGAUCCUCUGGAGAGGCCCCCACGUUCGGCACGAGUCCAUUUCCCAAAAGAGCAAAGGGGUUACUAUGAACUGAGGGCACAGUCUGGGAGCAGCUUGCUGUGUUUUGGGCUCCAUCCUAGCAGGAGUGACCUGCUCACCUCACCCUGAGGCCAAAGGGCAGACAUUCUGACCUACCUCCCCACCCCCACCAAGUGCCUCCUGCCUCCCACCAGGCAGAUUCUUGCUUGGAGAGGGGGCUGGGACAUCUUGCUUGGGCUCUGAGGAGAGGUAGGCUGCCAACUGGAGAUCAGGGUGUAGGACCCCAAGGGACAGGGACAGGAUGCCAAAGCAGGCAGAACACUGGGGUCUAGAAGGAAAUCCUCUCUGUGCUAUCCUCUGCGAUUGACUCCUGUCUUUAAGAAGUAAGACCCCACCUGGCUGGGGAAGGGUCAGAGAUCUUGGUCAGGAAAUCUACCCCUUAUAGGGGCAAAGGGGGCCGUGGGCUGUGUCUCUGAGCUGGGAGGGCCAUGCUUUAAUCUGGGCACUGCGUCCCUAUUGCCUUCCUGCCCCAACCUGGGCUCCCUUCACCUGGUCUUUGACCUUUGCUUGUUUUUCUUCUGUGCUCUGCUCCCUUGACCUGUUCCUCUCCCCACCAGCUAAGGUCACCUUAUCUAGCCCGGAUGUCUAGUUGGCAGGGAAAGGACAUGGCCUGGGUCAGCACCCUCCAGAUAGACCCUUGGUCUUUGGCAGCACUGAGUCCCUCCAACCAUAAAAUACAUGGGUUGUAUGUCUGAGGCGGUGGGGAGACAGAGGACUCAAGUAUUAGGGACUUCAUUAGAGGCUGGUACAGGUAGGACAUCGGGGACAGCGUCAUGGCCCAAGGCCCCAUUGGCUGAGAAGGGGAGCUGUGAUUUGGAGCGUGCACCGACUCUGUACCACAGGGCAGCUGAGGUGCAGAAAUGGCAAAGUCGUUCCAGCUCAACAAAGCUGGUCCGGCCACACCUACCCCUGCAGGAGUGCCCAAGGGCAGGCGGAGACUGGGUGCAAAGGAUACAAAAUGGCAAUAAAGGAACAGGUCAGUUUGAGUGAGGGAUUGAUUCCAGCCUGAUCUUCCGUUUGGGGGUAGACACUCAGGUGGCUCCCCCUUCCCUCCCCAGAGACUGGUGGAACUUGCCUGGGCAGCAUCUUGAAAGGGGCAAUUGUAUUCCCUGUGACUCAGUCAUGUGUGUGUGUACACAUUCACGUGUGUACAUGUGGGGGGUCUCCAUCCACUUGAUUCUUUCCCCUCCCCCACAGCCAAUGUAGACACUCCUCCCCCCACUGCCUUUCAACCAACCCCAGCUGUUAACAUCUGGCUUGCAUCUGUCUCCUUCAUCUGACCAAACCCCCACCCAGCCAAUGCCCCCCUCCUCCCCUUCAGGGGGUUGUAGGGCAGGGCUCAGCUCAAGGCUUUCCCAGCCUCACACAGCCCCCUGCUGGGGCAAAGGAACCAGGGCAGGGGCGGCCCCACCCCGGAGGUGCCCCAGGCUCUUGGCAGAGCCAUCUGGAGCCGUUAGCAGCAGCUGCCAAUGAUUCAUCUCCCCUUGCCCCCACCCCACCACAGCCCUGUCUCCAGACCUCAGACCCUUCUCAGUGUGCCAGUGGCAAAGUGCUUACAUACCCAGACCCCACUCUCCAGAAAUCUAUCCCCCUGCUCCCAAUCAUCCCAGAGCUGUGACACUUCCCAUUUUCUUUUAUUUAUACCAAAAAAAAAAAAGUUUUAAAUAUAAUUUAAGAACCCCUCCAAGCACCGGUGUCUGUCUCUGGUUUCUGCCACCACCUCACCCCCCACCACUCCCCUCAUGGACACAGCUGGGGGUACUUGGGGGCACAGAGAAAAUGCCUGGGGGCUGUGGCAUGACCACAGCACUGCUCUGGAAACAAACACAACGAUGGGUCCCUGUUUCAACCUUGGGCAAUGGAGGUGAAAAUGAAACAGGUCCCCCCCAA